AUGCGGCACACGAAGGUCAGAAAUGUCAUUGAACGUGCCUUCGCGGUUUUGAAGAUGAGAUGGGGCAUACACCGAAGUGCAUCCUUUUACCCAAUCAAGGUCCAAACACGUCUGGUUAUGGCUUGCUUCUUACUGCACAACUAUGUAAUCGGUGAGAUGAUUGUUGAUCCUCUGGACGAACUUCUAGAGACCAUGGUCGACACCACAGGUGUGGACCACGAUCCAGGUAAUGUCGAAUUCGUUGACUACGUGGAAGCGACAGAGGACUGGAACAUGUUCAGAGACCAAUUGGCAAACUCAAUGUGUAUGGGGUAUUCAUUGCAGCAUACGAACGUGGAGGCUUGA